AUGAAUAACGUGGUAGACUGGCUGCCUUAUGCGGAUGAACCGGUUACAUCAAGCAAUGAAUUGCGAUUAAAAAUUGAGCAGCUGGUGCAGCAAGAGCUUCUUAACUUUGACCUAAAUGUUCUACAUCCAGGUGUUGAAAGCUUAAUAGGCCGCACGGUACCGUCCCGGGCGGCCACACUGUACACCAGAGAGAGGAAGAGGUCCACCGACGAACCAGAAAAUGUAGCUGACUCUGAAAAAAGGAGCUGUUCCGGAAUUGAGAAGGCGCGGUAUGAUCUGAGCAAUUGCAAGACACCUUCCCAGCGUGCAAUCGCCGUGUCGUUCUUGGAACACCAAGAGAGUGUCCUGCAAGAGCUUCUGCCACGAUCGCUAGCAAGGCAGUGGGUUACGAACAACGAAUACUUGGGCAGGUUAUGUGGGAGUAUCAAACAAGUUACAGAAGUCCAAACGGGCCAGAUCGAUGACUUAGAGACGCUUCGUAGGAACAUGCAGUCCAACGCCCGGCGGGAAUUAGCGUAUUUGGAACAGCAGUGGAAGAACAAGCUGGUGGAAAAUGUGGAGCGUGCCCUCGGGAAAAGUGGCAGUGAAUGA